AUGUCGAUUUGUCUCAUUACUGGUUAUGUUCACUUUGAUCACUUGAUUAAGAUGGUGUCUGCGCAGUCAGUUAGCUUCACGGAGCUGAAUUUUCCGCAGCUAGAAAUGCUCAAGAAGCAGCUGAGCCAGGAAGUGGAAUUCCUGACCACGUCCAUUGCCCAGCUCAAGGUGGUACAGACCAAGUAUGUGGAAGCCAAGGACUGUCUGAAUGUGCUGAACAAGAGCAAUGAGGGGAAAGAAUUACUUGUCCCACUGACAAGUUAUGUGUAUGUUCCUGGAAAAUUACAUGAUGUGGAACAUGUGCUCAUCGAUGUGGGAAUUGGCUACUAUGUAAAGAAGACAGCUAAGGAUGCCAAGGACUUCUUUAAGAGGAAGAUUGACUUCCCCACCAAGCAGAUGGAGAAUAUCCAGCCAGCUUUACAGGAGAAGCAUGCCAUGAAACAGACUGUCACAGAGAGGAUAAGCCAGAAGAUUCAGCAGCUCACAGUUCUGAGAGCAACUCAGGCUGCUGCCAAUGCCUGA